AUGGCUUCGCCCUCAGCCACAGACUCUCCAGAAGAGGAGAGCACCGAUGUCCCCGAGGUAACGCAAGCAGAGACGAGAGUGGCCGUGUCGCGACUCCGGGCUAAGAACACAGCGCCCGGACCCGACGGAGUUCCUGGUCGAGCUCUCGUCCUGGCUCUGAAGGAGCUAGAGCCCCAGCUGAGAGGGCUCUUCACGGCAUGUCUCGAGCAGGGUCAGUUUCCCAGUGUGUGGAAGGAGGGGAGGCUGGUCCUGCUCAGGAAGGAGGGGCGCCCCGCGGACUCACCGUCCGCGUACCGGCCCAUAGUGCUGCUCGACGAGGCGGGCAAACUUUUUGAGCGUAUCAUCGCAGAUCGCCUCGUCAGCCACUUGUGCAGAGAGGGGCCGGACCUGGAUGACAACCAGUUUGGUUUUCGUCGCGGGCGCUCCACCAUAGACGCUAUUACGCGCGUGAGGGCCCUGGCGGAGGAGACAGUAUCCCGGGGUGGGGUGGUGCUGGCGGUGUCCUUAGACAUCUCCAACGCUUUCAACACCCUACCCUGGAGUUGCAUUCGGGAGGCGCUGAAUUACCAUCGCGUGCCUCCCUACCUCCGCCGCACAAUAGGGGCUUACCUUGAGGAGAGAUGCGUUACCUAUUGGGGACGUGACGGCGCUGGUCGGCGCGUCAUGUCGUGCGGUGUUCCGCAGGGAUCGGUCUUGGGACCGCUCCUGUGGAACAUCGGCUACGACUGGGUGCUGAGAGGUGAACUCCCGUCGGGCGCCGACUUGACGUGUUAUGCGGACGACACGCUCGUCACUGCCCGGGGGAGUUCGUACAGGGAAGCAGCGUUGGUUGCCACGGCUGCGGUGUCACAAGUGGUGAACCGCAUCCGGUGCCUGGGCCUGGAGGUGGCCCUAAGUGGAUAA